UGCAGUUAAAUGGAGGAAGAUUUGAAUGAAAGAAAAGCAUAGGGGGGAUGGACAAUAUUCAGGUGGCUAUCCGUGUGCGUCCUUUGAUAGCAAAGGAAGCCAAUACUGGACAGAAUAAGGUGUGGAAUGUCAAGGACAACACAUUGGAACCCCUCGAUCAGAAUGGCAAACCAGGGAUACCUUACACCUUUGAUAGAAUAUUUGAUGAACACAUGACAACCUAUGAUGUGUUCCAGGGAGUUGCAAAACCAAUUAUUGAUGCUGCUGUUCAAGGCUUCCAUGGAACAAUUUUCGCAUAUGGACAGAGUUCAUCGGGCAAGACCUUUACAAUGUCAGGAAGUGCUAUGAAUCCAGGAAUCAUUAAACUGGCUGUAAAUGAAAUUUUUACAAGAAUUGACAAGAUUCCAGACAGAGAGUACCUAGUACGCUGUUGUUAUAUGGAGAUUUACAAUGAAAAGGUGUCAGACUUACUAUCCACUGAGGAUAAAAUCAUCAAAAUCCAGGAAGAUACGGAAAGAAAUGUGAAUGUGAUUGGUGUAGAGGAACGAUAUGUGAUGAAUGAAGACGACCUGAACGCUGUUCUGAAGGAGGGAGAGGCAAGAAGACAUAUGGCAGAGACUAAACAGAAUGACAGAAGCUCCCGCUCUCACUGUAUACUGCGUAUAAUUAUAGAGAGCAGACAGGUAGAUGAUGAAUCAGCUGUGAUGGUGGCACACCUGAAUUUUGUGGAUCUGGCAGGAUCAGAGAAGGCAGGAGAGAACACGGGAGACAGAUUCCGUGAGGGCUGUUCUAUCAACAAGUCUCUCUUUACUCUGGCUCGCAUCAUUGCCAAACUCAGUGAGGGAGUGAGUAAUCAGCAUAUUGGAUAUCGAGACUCGAAGUUGACCCGUAUUCUACAGAAUGCACUGGGAGGUAACUCUAAGACUGCUGUUAUUGCCACCAUCACCCCAGCUUCUUUGGAGGAAUCUCAUAGUACUCUCAAGUUUGCAACCAGAGCCAAAUCGAUCUCCAAUAAACCUAUAGUCAAUGAAGUUCUCUCUGAUGCGGCAUUACUAAAGAGAAGUCAUAAAGAAAUCCAGAAACUGCAAGAGAAAAUAAAAGCGAUGGAGAAUAUAGAUGUCUCUGAGUUACAAGGAGAGAAAGAGGAUUUAGAGAAGAAACUGAAAGAAAAAGAGGAAAUGGAACAAAAGUACCACGACCUUUUGAACUCUUUGAAGUAUGUCAUCCAGUCGGGAACCACACAGCAAAAAGAGCUCAUCCCACAGUCCAAACGACGGAAAACAUGGUGUCCAGGAAAAGGAGCCUCUGUCAGCUCACCCAGGCGGUUCAGUUUCAUCAACAGAAUGAACUUUUUUAAUGAGGCUGACGAAACUGGCAUUGAAGACAUAUCUCCUCCUCACAUCAGAAAACGCAAGUCCGAUGGAAAACUCCAGGAGCCAGCAGAAAAGAAGCAUGUGACAUUUCAGUCUGAUGAAGAUAAGGAAGACGAUGAUGAAGCCUUCAUUGUAGAUCCAUUAGCUAGGGAACUCUUAGACAUGCAAGACAAAUAUGAAGAUUUACUUAAAGACUAUGAAGAACUUAAGAAAGAAAAGAUGGAAAUUGAAGAAUAUCACCGUCUAGAACUGCAUUCAAACAAAGAAGGCAUGGACAGAAUGAUACAGUUAGAAGAGACAGAGAGAAGGACAAAUGAAGACAUGCAGAAUGUAAGAAAAGAGUUGACAGAGCUGGAGGAAAAAUUCAUAGAAAAAACUCAGAAAAUGAAGUCCAUGGAGGAGAAGAUGAUUGCAUUGUCAGAUGAGAAUUUCCACUUGGAACACAGACUUGAGAUUCAAAACAAGAAGGUCAAGGAGUGCCAAUCAGAACUAGAUGAUAUUCGAAAACCAGCAGAAGAGAGCAUUGAGGAGAGAUCAGAGGUUGAAAGGUUGAGGUCAACUAAUGAGCAGUUAGGGUCAGAGGUGGAGAAGUUACAAUCAUCUAAUGAAGGUCUAAGGUCAGAAGUUGAGAAAUUGAAGUCUGCAAAUGAGGAACAGUUACUGGCAGUUGAAAAAUUAAAAACCUCCAAUGAUGAACUAAAAGAACACCAAAGAACAGUAGAGGUGCUCAACAAUAAAGUGCAGGAAUUGGAAAAGACAAUUAAAAUAUUUGAAGAAACUGUGGAAGAUUUCCAAUCUGAGAACAAACAGCUACAAAAUUCAGUGGAGGAGAAGACACAGAAAUUGGAAGAAUUAAAAACUGUGACAGAAUCCCAUGAAGACAACAGCAUUGUUAUUAAGGAACUUCAACAGAGAGUUAGAGUGCUUUCAUUGGAGGAGGAGAUUAAACAACAUGUUUCAGAAAAGGAGGACCUUCAGGCAAAGAACAAGAACCUAGAAAAUACUUUGGUUGACUGGAGAAAAAGCCUUGAAUCUUCAGAAGACACUAAAACUGUAGAGGACAAGGUGGAAUGUGGAAGGAGAAUGCUGGAAGAGGCAAACAGAAAAAUUGUUGAACUUGAAGAGAAAGUGGAAGCACAAGUGGAAGAAAUGGAUAAACUCUCUUCAAUGGCAGAAGAAAAACGGAAUGAUUUAGAAAGCCAAUUGAAAGAUAGGGAAAAUGAAUUAAACAGACUCAAAGAGAACUUUCAUGAUAGCGAAAGGUCACAGGCAGUGAGAAUACAAGAACUGGAGACAAAUCUACACCAGGAAACAAUGAGACAUGUAGAGGAACUGGAGAAUGUCAGAAAAGAAUUAAUGGGAUCUGUAGAGAAAGAGACAAACAUAGAGAAGGAGAACUGUGUGAAGUGUAGGGGGAGCAGGGGGGAUGAGGAAUUUAGUAAUUUACAGAAGAUUGAGGAUGUGGAGAGACUGGAUAAGAGUGUGAAUGUGAGUCUCCAGGAAGAAUCCCAGGAAACAAAAUCAGAGAAUGCUAUGGAUGAGGAGGAAAGAGCUAGGCUGGAAAAGAACAUUGUGGAAUUUCAAGAUAAGAUAGAUACAUUAGAACAAGAGAGGGGAAAUCUCAAAGAUCCAACAGAACUGAUGGAACAAUUUCAAAAUAUUGUGGAGGUGAUGAAGAAAGAACAUGCCAAAGAAAAACAUAAAAUGCAGGAGGAAUUCGAAUCUCAACAAGAUAAAAUAAUUCAAGAGGAAUUGGAACGUUUGCGUAGUCAAUGUGAGGAGUUGGCUCAUACUGUGAAUGAAAAAGAGGCUUUGUGUGAAGAGUUUAGGAAAGCUGUUACUGAAAAAGAGGCUCUCUGUGUAGAACUUCAUGAAAAAAUCAUGCAGAGUGAGAAUUUGCCAGAAAAUAAUGUACAUAGACCUUGCUCGAGUUGCCAAAAAUAUGUAGAAGACAUUUGUGACUUUCAGAGACAACUUGCACAUAAGACAGAAAAGGUUGAAAGGCUUGAGGAAUGUAUGUGUAAACUAAAGGAAGAAAAUGAAAAUCUGCAAAGACAGAAUUCUGAUAUUUCAAACCUAUUGGAGGAAAUAAAUAGUCUACAAACUCAAAGGAAUGAGAAUGAAAGCAAAAUUAUUAGUUUACAAGAAGAAAAUGAGAGACUUCAAGAAAAUGUUAAAUUGAAUCAUUCAACAAGACAUAGGUCUGAAAGUUCCAGUCGUAUGAAUAGAACCCAUUCAGAGAGUAUGGACUACACAGAGAUGUGUGAGAGACUCUCCAUGGAGAAUGUGUCCCUACAGGAACGAGUGGAGGAGCUCAACGAAGAAGUUAGCAGUCUCCAGGAUCAAAUGAAACACUAUCAACAGGAAGUGGAAUGCCUGGAGGACAAUCUAAGAGAAGCCCAGGAGGAAAGCCGGGUGUCACGUGAAAAGGUUUGGGAACUGGAGGGGAAGCUGAUAUCAGAGACGAGUCAGCAGAUCUCAGAACCCAAAGACAGCCAAGAAACACAGACUGAAGACUUCACAGCUGAGAAAUCUACAUAUACAGAACAAGCUUCACAAACAGAGGAACAGGAAGAUGUUUUACAAUCUCAGCGGAAUGACAUUGAAGAGAGCUGUACAAAGGAACAACUUCAACUUUUGUCAGUAGAGAAUGAACACCUGAAGGAAAGGCUGUCCUCACUGGAGGAGGAGGCAAGGGAACAUGAGGAAUGGAAAAAGGUGAGGGAGGAAAAGGAGGAGGUUGAAUCCCACAGGGCAGAAGCAGUGAAACAGGAGUUGAUCUCUAUGAAAGAAGUGCAUCAAGAUCUUAAUGAAAGACUGCAGGAUGUGACCAAAAACUGGGAAGAAGCUGAGGAAAAAGUGUUAGAACUCAGUCACUGUUUGGAGGAAACAAAGGAACGGGUAACCAGCCUGACAAAAAGACAGGAGGAAUUAGAGGAGGAAAUUGUUAACUAUCAGAGACAGAUUGAAGCUUUGCAUGGUAAAGUGUCUGAUCUAACAGAUCACAAGGAAAACGAAGAGGUAAACAAUUAUUGUCAAAAACUGGAAGUUGAAAUCCAGACAGUGAAAGAGGAAAAUGAAAAAUUACAGUCUGCACUUGAACAGAAAGAGAAGAAAGUAAUACAUUUUGAACAGCAAAUUUGUUUAUUAGAGGAAACGCAAAAGGAAUUCCAGAGUGAACUUCAAAAGUUAGAAGAUGAAAAAACAUCCCUGGAAUCAAAAUUUUCAUCUGUUAAUAACUUGAAGUCAAGCCAUACUGAGGAAGUUCAGAAUCUUAAAGAAGAAAUGGAGACACUUUCAUCUGAAAACGAAAAACUGAAAGCAAAAUUAGAAAAGGGAAAGGCAGAGUAUGCCAAGCAGCAAGAAGUUCUACAGACGCGGUGGGAACGUGUGAUGGAGUUAUCAGACGAGACCAACAGUUUGCGGGAUUCCAUGGAGGAGCUGGAGCAGUCGCUGGCCUCAGCUAACACAGAAAUCCACAAUCUGAAGCUGAAGAACAUGCAGCUGGAAUCUACGGUGAGGGAUAAAGAGAGGGAGGUGGCAGAUGUACAGGAGCAGUGUCAGUUCCUGGAAUCUGAAGUGGAGAGUCAAAAGUCAGAGAUACAGAGUAUGAGUGAGGAGAUGUGGGAACUCAAACAGAACUUGGAUCAAAGUGCUAGUAGUUCUGCUCUAGAAGAAAUGCAAACCAAGAUGGUAGAAAAAGAUUCCAUAAUCAACUCCCUAGAAAAAGAGCUUCAGUCCAUGGAGCAUGAACUAAAAGCUGGGGAAGAGAAAGUGGAAAAGGUCACCAAGGAGUUACAGAAGAAGAUCACAGCAAAGGAAGAGGAAGUGAUGUCACUAAAGAGUGAUCUGGAGGGUCUCCAAUGUAAAAUAAAGGCUACUGAGGACAAACGUAAAGAGGCAUCUGACCAGAGCAUUGUGAAUCCUGUAAAGGAGGAACUACAGGCCGAGAUAGAGAGGAAAGACAGUGAACUUGGUUCACUUCGAUCCCAGCUCCAGAGUCUCCAAGCUCAGUUGGAGAAGGAAGGGGUUCAGGAACUCCGUUAUACCAUAUCAGAGCUAGAGGUCAAUGUUCAAAACUACAAGAGGAAGAACUCUGAACUUGAACAAGUAAUAAAGAAAAUGCAGUCAGGAGCCAGUAUUCCCCAGAUUUUACAGAAAGAAAUAGAGCAGAUAAAAUCAGAGUGUGAUACUUUGAAGAAUGAAAGAGAAAAAUUCCGCCUGGAAGAGAAAAUGAAGAGAGCAAAACUGGUAUCUGAAUUCAAUUCUCAAAGGCUAACCAUUCAAAAACAAAAGAAAUCUAUUCAAGAUCUAUUGAAGGAGCUAGAGGAAGUGGACAGUAAGGUUGUGGGAAAGGAGAUCAUGGAGAAACUGUCCAAAGAGGAGAAGGAAAAUGACAAAUUGUGGGCGGAUCUACAGGUCAAGGACAGGGAGAUCCAACAUCUCAGAGUAUACCAAAAGCAGGUGGUGGAUCUCAACAAACAAGUGGCGGAGUUAGAGAAAAACAAACUAGACCUGGAAAAGAAGCUUAAGGAGUCAAGGAAAAUGUCAGAGAGACAUGAAGAAGACAUGUUUACUCCACAAGCCCGAGAACUUGCAGACAAGAAGAGAGAGAACUUUGCUCUCCGAAUGGAACUGGAAAAAGCCAAAGACUCCACUAAAGAAAGAGAACAAGAACUGAGUGAAGUGGUGGACAGAUAUGAAAAGAGGAUAUCAACCUUAAAAAAUGAAAUCCGUCGUCUGCAGCAGGACAAUGAAACUACAGUUCUUAUACCGCCAACAAAAAAGACAUUAUUCCAAGACCCAGUGGGGAGGCCCAGUGAUAACAGUAGUCAGUGUAGUAAUACCAGCAGCAAUGACUCCAGCAUCGCGUACAAGGCAUCGUGUUCUGGAGCAGUGGAUCAGUAUAGCAAUCUUCUGUUGAAAAACGAGAACAAACGAUUGGAGAAAGAGAAUAAAAAACUGACCAAUAAAGUGACACAGAUGGAGGCAGAACUAAGACAUUACAAAGAAAAUCGGCAACAGAAAAGGGAAGAAAAUGGGAAAUUGUCCAGUGUUGUAAAGAAAGAACCAUUAGAAGACACCAAGGGAAUAGAACUGGACUUUUCUAUACCAAAAGUCUCCACUAGUGUAACACAACAGACAAGUUUUAGGGGCCCCAAAUCAUCUAAAAAAGACCUGCCAACGGAUAACAUCAAUUCUGAAGAUCAGUGUGCCACACAAUAAUAAACUGUAUUUUAUUCAGGGGAAGAUCUUGGAGUUUGAAAGCUUUGUAAAUAUUUAGCAGCGUAACUUUUUAAUUUUGUAAAAUAAUAUCAGCUGUUUUGGAUGUAUAUUGUAUUUAGUUAAUGAAAGAGGUUUAUUUUGUAAGAGAGAUACUGUACAGAUAUUUAUAUACAGUGCCUGAACCUUAACUUUUAACCAUUUUUUGGGGGGUUUAACAAAAUUUACUGUGUACAAUUGUGCAUUAAAAAGUAUGCAUUUUCUUAUAUAU